AAUCUGUGCGUGCGUCGCUUCGCGCUCCGUCGCUCACGUCCGCGAGUGUCAUAAAAGAAAAUAUUAAAAAACCAAACAUUUAUUGUGUGAAAUAGAUAUUAAUUGUUAACUAUAGUGGUUUCUAUUGAGUUAAACAUUGAAUGGAAUUACGCCUUCGCUUCGGAGACGCUGUUACUGUAAUAAAAAGAAAUCGCGUACCGGGACCCAUGGAUCUAAGCUAAGCCUAACUAGUAUAAGCAAAAUGUCACAUCACCUGGUGACAGUCUGCAUGUUUUGCCUGCUCUGCGCAGCGCACACAUGCGGGGCCCACGUCGAAACUAAAGACGUACACACAUACGAACCGAAAAUAGACUACAACAUACCCUUAGACUUGACAGAGAAACGAAAGCUAGACCACCUAGAACGCUACAAUCAUAAACUGCAGAAAAUAAGACAGCCACGCCCGAGAAGACACCUCGACGAUGUCUCGGACACGUAUAUUGGGGAGAUUUUGAAAGAGUACGGGACUGGGGAUACGAUGAAUUUGACAGGAUUCAACAAUAUGCUGAACGUCCUGGAUUUGUCCAAGUUGGUGCAGGGAAGGGUUGAGACUAAAGAGGGGCCAAAUCAACGUAAUUCUGUUUAUUGUUUAAACAGCUCCGAUCUCAUCACAGCCGUCAACAAGGGCCUAUAUACAGACGAUCACGACCAUAACGACCACAAACAUACAGACCCAACCCAUGACCAUGACGUGCUAAUAACAGAAGACACCCUCCGGGCCGUCUGUCCAGUCCUCCUCUACCAGAAACUCGGGAAACCGGAUGAAAAACGAGACUGCGUCAUACAUAAUAAAGUCACAAAUGCACAAACAAACGUAAAAAGUCUCGAAAGCGCAGUGACGAAGACAGAUAAAAAAGAUGACACCAAUAAAAACAUGUUCGCCGUCUGGCUAUACUCCUUCCUUAGUAUAACAGCCAUCAGUGCAUGUGGUCUUUUAGGAGUAGCAGUAAUCCCUAUAAUGCAUAAAACGUACUACAACCAUCUCCUUCAGUUCCUAGUGGCGUUAGCUGUGGGAACUCUCUGCGGUGAUGCGCUGUUACAUCUAAUGCCUCAUGCAAUGAGUCCGCACGAGCAUGUUCAUGGGCAUGACACCUCAUUGGAAAAUUCAACAGCAUCACAUAACGACGGUAUGUGGAAAGGCCUCGCCGCCAUGUUGGGUGUUGUCUUCUUCUAUUUCACUGAGAAGGGACUGACUGUUGUCGUUGAAUGGAGGAAAAGGCGUCAAAAGCUCGAAGAAGACAAACUUCCUUCAAGAGUCCGAGUUUUGAAAGACGAAACAGUCGGAGGUUGCUCCGGCGGCGCUAAAGCCCCAAUCACUAACUCUACUACAAAUUCAUUCAUGAAAAUCUUCAAGAAAGAUGAAAAGAAUGAUCCCACAACUAAAACUUGCAAACACAAGUAUUCAGAAUACCCGUACUGUUACGACGAAAUCGACACAGACACACAUGACGAUCACCAUUUGCGGGAUGGUCAGAUCCCACCAAGCCCUAAAGCUAAACAGAACAACUCUGUGAGUGUGGUGUCAUCGAACGCGUUGAAUGCUGAGGGUAAAGAGGAGCCAACGGCGAAGGACUGGCUGCUCAAGGCAGAGCCGGCGUCGGUGGUGGAGAUGAACAAUAUUAAACAUAAGGAGGAUGGUGCUAAGGAUCUCAAGGAUGGUGACAGCUAUACAGUUAUAUUGAGGGAACAUUCCCGGGCCCACCACGGGCACUCCCACGCCCAUGGCCACGUCCACGCCCCUCCAUCUAGCAUGUCUUCAGUGGCAUGGAUGGUUAUCAUGGGCGACGGACUGCACAACUUCACUGACGGCAUGGCUAUAGGUGCUGCUUUCGCUUCUAACAUUGCUGGUGGCUUUUCUACGGCUAUUGCCGUCUUGUGCCACGAAUUACCCCAUGAAUUAGGCGACUUCGCAGUACUACUAAAAGCGGGCAUGUCAGUCAAGCGCGCCGUGUGCUACAACGUGCUGUCUUCAGCAUUAUGCCUCGGCGGCAUGGUCUGCGGCGUGCUCGCCGGGCAUGCGCCGAACGCCACCCGCUGGCUGUUCGCGGCGGCAGCCGGCAUGUUCCUAUACAUCGCCCUUGUCGAUAUGAUGCCCGAGCUCAGCACAUCUCACAGCAAGGAAGGCACACUCUGCCAAUGCCUGCUCCAACUCAUGGGCCUGGCUUCUGGCAUUGGCAUCAUGCUUGUCAUUGCCCUAUACGAAGAAGACUUAAAGACGUUGUUCGGGUAAACAGUGCUAUAAGUGUUGCAAGUUCGGUCAUGUGAAUCCAGUUAACAGUUUUAAUGACAUAGUUAUAAGGUUUGGUUUCGUAUGGGUUUCUACUUCUGCUAUUCUUGGGCAAACUUCAAACAUAUCUGUGGGUAAGAAGCUAACUUAAUGUCCUAUAAGGGUAAAUUCCUAAAACAGAACUCUAGAUGACAGUUCCGUAUAUAUUUCUUUUUUACUAAGAAGUUACUUGUUUUAUAUUGCAGAUACUAGAAUGACAUUUAAAUUGAUCUAAGUUGUCCUACCGAUCUGUUAUUUUAGUAAAAAAUAAGCGUGAUUGGGUAGUAUUUUGGGAAUUUUUAGUAUCUAGGAUAUAAAAACAAGUCUUGUCUUGUGUAACAAUAAAUGGCAAUUGUCGCCUACCGUUGGUCGCAUUUUUAAUAUAAAAAAUAUUAACAGUUUCUAGUUAAUUUUGAUUGUCUGACGUACAAAGGCCGGUUCCAAAAAGACGCUACAACCCCGGACGUAUUUCUAAAGGUGUAAAAAGUGCUAGUAAUAUUAAGUAAAACUUAAUAAAAAAACAGACUGUAUUAAUAAUCCAUCAUGUAGUUAGAAGAAGCGCCUAGGCCUGCGAUGAUACUUGCACAGCAUUUCAUGAUUGUGUACUUGUACUUACCUAGUGUAUUUUGUCUGUGACUUAAAUAUCAAUACCAGUAACCUCUUUUUAUAUAGGUUGUCUUAUAUAUUCAUUGGGUAUGUAAAUUCAUAAUAUUCAUAGAUUUAUGAAUAAAAUAAAUUCAAUGUUAAAUGCAAAAAUCGUACACAAAUGGCAAUACAAUUCUAGUAUCACUUCGAUAUUCUGUAAAAAGAUGAUCUUUAAAGUCGUUUGAUCGUUACAUUUAACAUAAUGUAAAAAAUAUCAGUGACAAGUUAUCAUGUUAAAAAAAACUUUAAAAAAAGAUACACAGAAGUGAUCAUAGGAAACGUAUUCCUAGUCUGGGUACUUCAGCUUUUCAAAUGAAAUGUAGUAUUAGCUUAAUGUAUCUUCUAUUCUCAUCCAAAUAUGUACUUAAAACCCUCGCAAAUCUAAAAUAGAAAAACUUAAGUUGUAAUGUAUGUAAAUUAUGCUCAUACUACAUUUCUGCAAAGAAAUUAUCCUAAUAAAUUAUGAGAUAUAAUUGUGAUUUACUUAGUUGUCUUAAUGAAAACAACGCUCAACUCGAAUACUUAAAAUUACAGUACGAAAAUAAUAUUUCUUCUGUAAUUUACAUACGAGUACCUAUAAUUCUUCUAUGGAGAGGAAAAGGAAUAUUGUAUUUUUUUUUGUUUGAACUAUUAUUUGUGAAAUUAUUGUCAAUCUAGAUUACUAUUAUCAUCGAAUGUGUUUAGUAUGUAACAUUGUACAUAAUAAAUCGUAAUACCUAAAUUGAAAGUGAAACUUUUAAUAUUACUUAUUAAAACGGACACACAUCUGUGAAAUACGUUGAAACAUGGCGCCACUUUUUAACCCUUUAACUGCUUCUGCCUUUUGUACUUGCCAAUGCAAUUGCAAAGCUGAUGAAAUACGGUAUACGAAAAAAAUACAAUUAUAAUAUUCAGCUCAUGAAAAAGGGUUUAAAUCAUUACAAUAAGUCCACGCGAGUAAUUUUAUAACUUGUGUAGUACUUUAAAAGUUCAACGUAUUAAAUAGUAAUGUGUCAAUACGCUUCUUACAAAAGAGUAAAAUAGGUAGAUUUUUUAUCUCGAAUUUGUCUAUGUAAUAUUGAAUGGAGAUGAAGUUUGAUAGGACCAACCCGUAUUGACAGUGUCAUCAGUAUUGUUUUUUUUUAAUGUUUCUUGAAACAACAUACAUAACUUUCAGAUGUAAAAAUAGUAAGCGUGUAGUUAACUUUCUUUUUUUCUACUGCUAAAAAAUGUUCCUAUGUCAUGAAGUAACUAUGAACACCUAACAAUUUUGCGUGAUACCAACAUAUCGUCGCUAGACUUACUCAAUGUCAUAUCUGCAACAAUCAUUUGAUGGAAAUGUCGCUUUUCUUUCAUUCGGAAUACGGGUGUUUUUGUCAUCAAAUGAGUGUUGCAGAUACGAGGUUGAGUAAGUAUAGCGGCGAUAUGGUCAUAUACUGUCAAUAUAAUCGUGUCAUUCAAAGUUUGCUUUUAUCGUUCAAGCGUGACGUGUUUUAUUUCAUUCAAAUAGUCUGUCACAGCUACCUCAAAACAUGCUGGUGCUGGUUGCUUUUACUAUGACUACUGUAGUCAUAAAUAUACGUCAUAAGCAACAGCAUUCAACAGUUUAGAAUCGUUAUUCACUGUCUUCCCGGUUUUUAUUUGUAAUGUCAACUGGUACUUAAUGAUUACUUAUAUUUGGGUAAGUUAUAACUUAAAUACAUGAAUAGGUAGAUAUAAAUAUGACGUUACAACUUUUUUAUAAUUACCAGUAUUAUUUAUUGAGUAAUUUUAAAAUUGAAACUCCAUAUAAAGUUGAUUUACAUAUAAGUAUGAACGUUUAAACAUGUUGUUUUGGUGGUUGUAGAUACAAAAUCUGUGAAAUUAUGUGGUUCCUACAAAAAAAGGAAAUUCCAAUUUCUCAAAAAAAUAUCAAAGCAUUUCACUUCGAUUUUUAUUGUAAUUUUAACUUUUACUUUAAAUAAGCGAAUAGUAAUUUAAUGUUUAAUUUUAAGUGAUUUAAGUUUGCAAUCAUGUUGUGUGUCGAUGGUGCUGAAACCAUCAGUAUUAUUGUCAAUAUUUAUUGUAAAAUAGUUCAAUCUGGUUCCUAUGUCACUGGCAAUGUAAUUUUAUACUGUUGUAAAUAAUGUGCUUUUGACGUGACCUACCUUUAUUAUAACAUGACACUGGAAUGUGACAAAUACUUAUAGUGCCAAAACUGUCAAUUGUCAUUAUUUUGUAUUCCAGUGUAAAGGGUGGGUAACGUUCGAAUAUUGUCAAUAAUAUUGAUGUACUGUCAGUAAGGUUCGCCCGAGCGAUGUGUGAUAUCUGAGGACUUGACGAUAGUUAUAUUGUAUUAUAAAUAUGGUUA